CAAUGUGACAGGGGAAUUCCCUUUUCUGUUUCAAACGCGAGCUGAUAACAGACUGCAAUCAAAGUUUGUACGUUCCGAAACAUACACCUUACCUGAAAGUAUGUACAAAAUAGGACACUAUUCUUUACACAGCUGGUGAGUGCGCACGCGUUCGUACGAUGCACAAAGGAAUCGCCGUUUUGAGAGCGUAACGCUGUUGUUGAUCAUUCGCUUAUGAGACAGCAACAGUGGUGGAGCCAACCUGUAACACUUGGAAAAAAACAUGAAUGCUAGCUUUGUAUCGGACGCGGACUGAGUGUAUAAAUUUAAUUAACUUUAAUUUUAGGACUGAUUAGUUAGCUUCACGAGUUGAGUUUAUUCAAGGCAACAAUAUCUGGAAUUUCGUAGUUAGUCGGGUCGAAACGGCAGAACUCAUACCGGUACUUUGUCUGGAUUAGCUGCUCGUUCAUAUCCUUGAUUAAAACACACAUACAACUCUUUGUGAAAUCAGCUUAGAAUUUCAGCUGCUUUAUAAAUAAUCUAACCAAGAUUUUGACAGCAUUUUCUCAUCUGUCGAAUCGAAAAUGACGGGAGACUGUCCUGUAAAAGCUGCGGUAGAGGAGUCAGAUGGAAACAGCCUUUCAAACGCCUCAGCUCCGGCCGGUACCGCCGCCACUACCCCGGUCGCCGCCGCCUCAAGUGCUGGCGUGAAACACCAUCGUCAUCGACAUAAGCUGAAACAUAGAUACCGCUUUGAAAAGACCCUUGGAAAGGGGACAUAUGGCAAAGUGAAACUCGCUACAGAAAUCAGCACUGGUAAUCAGGUUGCAAUCAAGUCCAUUCCAAAGAACAAGAUAGAAGACCCAGAAGACAUGAGAAGGAUCCGUCAAGAAAUUGAACUUAUGUCAACCCUCGAUCAUCCAAACAUUGUUAAUAUAUACGAAGUGUUUGAGAGCAAGGAGAAGAUUGUGAUUGUACUCGAGUAUGCCAGCGGUGGGGAGUUGUACGAGUUCAUUGACAGCAGCAGCAUCCCGAUGGGAGAGAUACAGAGACUCUUCAGACAAAUCGUCUCCGCACUGGCCUACUGCCAUCUGAAUAAUAUCGUCCACCGCGAUCUAAAGCUUGAGAAUGUCCUGCUAGAUCAGGAUGGUGAUGCUAAGAUUGCUGAUUUUGGUCUUUCAAGUUACUACAGUGACAAUGAUCUACUGCAUACGUUCUGUGGAAGCCCACUCUAUGCUUCUCCUGAAAUUGUGAAUGGUCAGCCAUACCACGGUCCAGAGGUUGAUUGCUGGAGCCUUGGUGUGAUCCUGUAUGCCAUGGUUUACAAGACGAUGCCCUUUGGAGGGGAUGACUUCAACCAUCUCAAGAAACAGAUCACGGAGGGCCGAUACUAUGAUCCUUGUCCUGGCUCAGUGCAAUCCCAGCUGAUCAGACAUCUCCUGUCAGUAGACCCUCGAUACCGAGCAACCAUCUACGACGUGGCUCACCAUCCUUGGGUGUUUGGUGAGGAGGCGGAUGAGAUGCUGACCAACGAGCUAGCUUCUUCCAUCAGAGGACAGAGCAUAGACUCCUUGAAGGACAGGGAGAGCACGGAAUCUAGCGACACGGAGAGCGAGAGCAAGCCUGCCGUUGUGGCUGUGAAACCAACAAGUAUUCUGAAGGGUACUUCCCAGGACAGUGAUGCAAUGGUAGCCGUGGAACAGCCUCAUGAGGAAUCCACUUUGGUACAGGAACAACCAAAGGUGUCAAAUGCUAGCAAAGACUCAGAUAGUGAUUCUCCGAGCAGUCCAGUUGUACUCCAGGCCAAAGGAUUACCGAAGGUCAAGGGAGUGAUACAGAACGAAACGGACAGCUUCUUGAGCUUAGCUAGUUCAGCCGCAACCCUUCCAUCAGAAGGCUCCAGUGCAAUAAGCAAUGACAGUGUCUUUGAUAGUGCAGAUGUUUUUCUGCCGGCGACAGAUGUUGUGAAGCGAAGGCCAGAACAUGUUAAGACAGUCAAAACCCAAAGACCGGCAACCGUAGGUGCUCUUUACAGCGAUCUUCCAUCCCCUAGGACAUUGGUCAAUCAACUCAUCGGAGAAGACACCAUCUUUGAGUGUAGUGAAGAAGAGAAAAGAGCGAGUGCACGCUUGUCAAAGCGUAUAUCUUGUGGCAAGUACUCUAAGAUUACUGAACUUUGGGAAUCCAUCUUCAAUGAGUCCCACCACCUACAGGCAAUGAUGUCAUCCAAAUCGCCAAAGUCUGGAUCUGGAUCCGAUGAGAGCCCAGGUUCCAGCUCAAGCGAGGAUCUCCUGGAGAUCUUGAACUCUAAACAUCUCAAGAAGAGCUACAGCAGCUCCUUCAAGUUGACGAGGCACAGCUUCUCGAGCCACCGGCGAUCCAUGCGCACACACAAAGAAAUGGUCAUCAUGGAGGCGCACCAGCUUCAGAUGAGGUCGGAGUCUCUGUUCGAGAAGCCAGAAUUCCGCAAGGGAACCCGAGAUUCAGGACUCGGUGAUGACCUAGAGAACUUGGCAAAGGUUUACCAGAAAGCGUUAGAGAUCUCUAGCAGUGUCAAUUGAACUCUGUGCCCCAUUUAAAAGAUAAUUAUAGAAAUGUUAAGGUUAGUCAGAUAGAAGAAAGUCAUUGUGAACUGUGGGCAAAAAAAGUUUCGAUCCUUUUUCUUUUCUUCAAGGUACAAGCCUCAAGAAGGUACAAGCCUUAAUUUUCAUACAAAUGCUAUAGCUAAGUCUCUCCCUUAAGUGUUUUGGGCUUCAGAUCGGACACUGGAUCUCUGCUAGAGGUGGUUCAAGUAUUAAGCCUAUAGAUGGGAUUGAGAUAAUUGAAUAGUCAACAGGUUGAUUAAAUGUUAUUACUUGUAGAGAUCAUUUCGUUGUCUUGGUUUUAAAAUUAUAUGCUUUAUUACAUGAAUCAUGUUUAUCGCAGGGAUUUGGGAUGAUUUGAAAUCUUAAUGCUAGUACAAAAAAGCAUUCCAUCUGAUAGAUGUUAUACCGGGUCAAUUCUUUCUGGUUUUUACGGAUAGGUGUAUCAUGAUGUUACUGAAAAAAAAAGUUUAUCAAAUUGGAAGAUAUGCAAAAUUGCAAUGCACCUUUUUUCAUUGGAAUGAGUAUGUUAGUGUCUAGCACAUCUCAAACAAUAUAUACUAAUUUCAGCCAUCUCUUUAUAAUCACCUUCCAUAACUAUCACUUUCCUACUAGUUAAUGCUAUUUAUUUAAUUAACGUGAAAUUCAGAGAUAUAUCUUGCCAUGAUGUACUGUAUAAUUUUAUCUAUUUUAAUUGCUAAUUUGAUGAAUAUCUCAUUGUUGAUUCGAUUUUGGUGCUCUUCUCAAAGUCUUUCUGUAUUUUUGUUAAGUGCCAUGCAUUAGAGUAUGCCUAAAAUGUCCUUGACUCUUCGAGUUUUGUGUCCAAUGAACAAUUUCUUUCUGUGUGAGCCUUUGAAUUGCAAUCUCUAUUGCAAUAAAUAAAAAAAAAACUGACAGUUGAAUUCAUGCACUUACAUUUACUGGGUGAACCUGUAGAGGUAUCAUACAUAGAGGGCGCUAUACUGUUAUUCAGAAUGGAUCAGUUUUGUUACCAUAGUACACUUGUCUUUCCCUUCAGUGAUUUCAAAACGUAAAUUAUUGAAUUUUUUUGGUAAAAUAUGCUUUCAGGCUCACUUUGAAAAGUGGAUAUGCAGGUAUGCUUCACAAUACUUUCACAAUAUCUUUGGUUCAUCUGCUUUUAUACUUAUGAUUAUAAGUACUAAAGGUUGAAAGGUUAAAUAGGCAAAUAAUAAGUUAUAUUACCUAUUUGCAUCUUUCUCAAUUAAUUGCCAGGAUAUGUUUCAGGUCUCAGAUACAUAGAAAAAUGAUACAAUUUUAUUCUUAUUUUUGUUAGUAUUCCUCCACCCACAUAUAAUUUCAUGUAUUUAAUUUAAUCUCUCUUUAUUAUAUAUCUGCUAUAUUAUCUCAAAUGUAAUACUAAAGAAAUUUCUCAGCAUAAACAGAUAAUUAAGCUAUUUUCAGAAUGCAAUUCUGGUGAUAAUUUGUAUUGAUUACUAAAAAGAAUGAAGCUACAUAAUGAGUAUAUGAUAAUGAAUAAUAUAUGUUGAGGACACAAACAGUUAUGUGAGUGCAAUAAUCGAUAACUCCUUUAUCUCAAUUGUUUAUCGUUGGUUCAUUCUUUAACUCCGAUUGCUUGGUUUGUGGAUAGUUUCACUAAAUCAUGCAACAUUGUAUGGCAUUUUCUAAUUGUAUUUUAUACAAAUCGAAUCACUAUCUGCAAGUAUUAUUUGCUGAUGAGCAUUUUGUGUGUUUGUGUGUGUCAUGAAACAUUUGCUGUAGAAGUGAACUUCGAAUCUGUCCUGCUAAGUGAUAGUAAGUUUGAAAAUUUUAGUUCGAUGUUUUGAUUUGCUUUUAAACAAUUCUUUGAAAUAUUCAAGCAAAAUUGACAAUUAUUUAGUGACUUCAAGGUCUAAACUUACCUUCUUGUCUCCAUUAAUCUUGUACAGGGACAUACAAAGUAUCUAUCACUUAUGUUUGGGACAAAUAUUUCUUGUGAAUAUUCUGGUUUUUUGCUCUUCACACUUAAAUGAUUUCAGUUUGCUCAAAGUAAGUAUAAAGGCAUGUUUUUCAUGCUUGAUAGUUCGAAAAGGAAUGCAAUGUCAUUUUGUGUGUGUGACAUGAAGUAUAAUCUUCGAAUUAGUAUGUGAUUUAAUCAUUAUGCCAUUAGAUUGGACACUGAUGGUGCAACACUUUAAUAGAUAAUCUUAAGAUAUAGAAAACAAUUUCAAACAUUUCAUUUUAAAAUCGCCAAAUUUUGGACUAUUAAUACUUCAGUUGCCUUCUUUCAUCGACCAAAUAUUAUUUUUGUUCGCAAUGCGAUGAGGUUAACAAAGUAAAUGAAAAAUAGCAACCCGGCUACUUGUCCAGGUAACAAAACCAUUAUGAGACGAGACAGAAUUUUGCCAAAGAUAUACAUGAUGAAAUAUGAACUGAUUGAUAUAAAGAAGCGUAACCGUAUACUAAUGAAAUGUUCUUGGUCAAUAACUUUGUAUUUUUAUACAAAUGUAACUGCAUGAAUUAAAUGAUAUUUAGCAUUUUUAUUCAGGUUUAUGAUAAUCCAGAAAAACGUCUGAUACUUGUGGUAGUUUGAUAACCUUCAUAUAUAUUAUGGAAAUAAAAUUUCCCACGUAAUAAUAUA